UCCCUCAAAGAUGUCAUCUCAAGCAAAGUUCAAGAAAGACAAAGAGAUUAUCGCGGAAUAUGAAACUCAAGUGAAAGAAAUUCGUAUCCAGUUGGUGGAGCAGUUCAAAUGCCUAGAACAACAGUCUGAAUCCCGAUUACAACUUUUGCAAGAUCUUCAGGAGUUUUUCCGCAGAAAGGCUGAGAUUGAACUGGAAUAUUCCAGGAAUUUGGAAAAAUUAGCAGAAAGAUUUUCUUCCAAGAUUCGUAGCUCCAGAGAACACCAUCAAUUCAAGAAGGAUCAACACCUCCUUUCUCCUGUGAACUGCUGGUAUCUAGUGUUGACACAGACCCGAAGAGAGAGCAGAGACCAUGCCACCCUGAAUGAUAUCUUCAUGAAUAAUGUCAUUGUCAGACUUUCCCAGAUUAGUGAGGAUGUUAUUCGGCUGUUUAAAAAGAGUAAGGAAAUUGGUCUUCAGAUGCAUGAAGAACUCUUGAAGGUUACAAAUGAACUCUACACUGUGAUGAAGACUUAUCACAUGUAUCAUGCUGAGAGCAUCAGUGCUGAGAGCAAGCUAAAGGAAGCGGAGAAGCAGGAAGAGAAGCAGUUCAACAAAGCAGGAGACAUCAGCGUGAAUCUGCUGCGGCUUGAAGAUAGGCCUCAGCGCCGCAGUUCUGUUAAGAAGAUUGAGAAGAUGAAGGAGAAGAGACAAGCAAAAUAUUCUGAAAACAAGCUCAAGUGCACUAAAGCUAGGAAUGAUUAUCUGCUGAACCUCGCAGCCACAAAUGCAGCAGUCAGUAAAUACUACAUCCAUGAUGUUUCCGAUUUAAUUGAUUGCUGUGACUUGGGAUUCCAUGCUAGUCUAGCACGGACAUUCAGAACAUAUCUUUCUGCUGAAUACAAUCUAGAAACCUCACGCCAUGAGGGGUUGGACAUAAUUGAAAAUGCUGUAGACAACCUGGAUGCACGAAGUGACAAGCAUACAGUUAUGGACAUGUGCAACCAGGUCUUCUGUCCUCCGCUGAAGUUUGACUAUCAGCCUCACAUGGGGGAUGAGGUAUGUCAAGUAAGCGCCCAGCAGCCGGUUCAGACGGAAUUGCUCAUGCGAUAUCAUCAGCUACAGUCUAGACUAACCACGCUCAAAAUAGAGAAUGAAGAGGUACGAAAAACAUUGGAUGCCACAAUGCAGACACUGCAAGACAUGCUGACCGUGGAAGAUUUUGAUGUCUCAGAUGCUUUCCAGCAUAGUCGCUCAACUGAAUCCAUCAAAUCAGCUGCUUCAGAGACUUACAUGAGUAAAAUAAACAUUGCCAAGAGAAGAGCCAACCAACAAGAAACUGAAAUGUUCUACUUUACUAAAUUUAAAGAGUAUUUGAAUGGCAGUAACCUUAUUACUAAGCUGCAAGCUAAGCAUGACUUACUGAAGCAGACUCUAGGAGAAGGUGAAAGAGCUGAAUGUGGAACAACUAGGCCCCCCUGUCUUCCCCCUAAACCACAGAAAAUGAGGAGACCUAGGCCUCUCUCAGUCUAUAAUCAUAAACUCUUUAACGGCAAUAUGGAAACAUUCAUUAAGGAUUCGGGACAGGCCAUUCCACUUGUGGUUGAAAGUUGCAUUCGUUAUAUUAAUUUAUAUGGUUUACAACAACAGGGUAUUUUUAGAGUUCCUGGAUCUCAGGUUGAAGUCAAUGAUAUCAAAAACUCAUUUGAAAGAGGAGAAGACCCCCUUGCUGAUGAUCAAAAUGAACGUGAUAUUAAUUCUGUUGCUGGGGUCUUAAAAUUGUAUUUCCGGGGACUGGAAAAUCCACUCUUUCCUAAGGAAAGGUUUCAGGAUUUGAUAUCUACUAUAAAAAUUGAAAACACUGCCGAAAGAGUGCACCAGAUCCAGCAAAUCAUUAUCACCUUGCCACGAGCUGUCAUCAUUGUAAUGAGAUACCUCUUUGCUUUCCUUAACCACUUGUCGCAAUACAGUGAUGAGAACAUGAUGGAUCCCUACAAUCUAGCCAUCUGCUUCGGACCAACUUUGAUGCAUAUUCCAGAUGGGCAGGAUCCAGUGUCCUGCCAGGCUCAUGUCAAUGAGGUCAUCAAAACCAUCAUAAUCAAUCAUGAGGCCAUCUUCCCUACCCUCAGGGAACUCGAAGGACCUGUUUAUGAAAAAUGCAUGACUGGUGGGGAAGAGUACUGUGACAGCCCACACAGUGAACCGGGCACUAUUGAGGAAGGAGAUCAUGACAAUGGCACAGAGCCACACACCAGCGAUGAUGAAGUGGAACAGAUUGAAGCUAUUGCCAAGUUUGACUAUACAGGACGAUCCCCACGUGAAUUAUCCUUCAGAAAAGGAGCUUCCCUUCUCUUGUACCAUCGGGCAUCUGAAGACUGGUGGGAAGGUCGCCAUAAUGGCGUAGAUGGUCUCAUACCACAUCAAUAUAUUGUAGUACAAGACAUGGAUGAUGCCUUUUCCGACAGCCUUAGUCAGAAGGCAGAUAGUGAAGCAAGCAGUGGACCUCUGUUGGAUGAUAAAGCCUCAUCAAAGAAUGACAUACAGUCUCCAACAGAUCAUAUUUCAGACUAUGGAUUUGGAGGAGUAAUGGGACGGGUCAGGUUAAGAUCUGAUGGAGCAGCAAUCCCUCGCCGUCGAAGUGGGGGUGACACACACAGUCCCCCAAGAGGAUUUGGUCCAGGAAUAGAUACUCCUCCUCGAGCAGCAGCUUGUCCUAGCAGUCCUCACCUGCUGCCAUUGAACAGAGGUAGGAUUGAAAGCCCAGAAAAACGCAGGAUGGCAACGUUUGGAAGUGCUGGCAGUAUCAAUUAUCCAGAUAGAAAGACAUUGAGUGAUGGCCAUCAACUGAGGUCUACUUGUAGCUCAACUCGGCAUAGUAGUCUUGGAGAUCAGAAAUCACUAGAAGCUGAAGCACUGGCAGAGGACAUUGAAAAAACCAUGAGCACAGCCCUGAAUGAGCUGCGUGAGCUGGAAAGGCAAAAUACUGUGAAACAAGCCCCCGAUGUUGUCCUGGACACUCUUGAACCAAUGAAGAACCCACAAAUUGGUUCGGUCAGUUCUGAACCUGCCAGUCCCCUACAUACUAUCAUGAUCAGAGACCCUGAUGCAGCUAUGAGGCGGAGCAGCAGCUCAACCACUGAAAUGAUGACGACAUUUAAACCUGCUCUCUCAGCCCGGCUUGCAGGAGCUCAGCUGAGGCCCCCACCAAUGCGUCCCAUCAGACCUGUUGUCCAACAUCGAUCAAGUAGCAGUAGCAGCUCAGGAAUGGGGAGUCCUGCGGUGACACCCACAGAAAAGCUCUUCCCUAACACUUCUUCAGAUAAAUCUGGCACAAUGUAGCUAUCUCUGUCACAAAGGAGAAUUCCUUGGAAAAUGAUGGGUCAUUCUGAUCUUCAUUUCUUUUGAGAAGGAAGCAGUAUGAUUGUACAAAUGGUAUCCUUAGAAGAAAAGACAGGGAAAACGUGACUCUUGUAAAAAAAAAAAAAA